AGACUUGAAUGGGAAAGCCAAGCAUGAGCCCACUUCAAGCAGGAAGGAGAGACCCCAGAAGAGAGGAGGAGGCGGCGGGCGCUUCGAACCCUAUGGAAACGUGAACAAGAGAUACAGGGUUUUCGUCAGCAACAUCCCUUACGACGUCAAAUGGCAGGCCCUCAAAGACCUGAUGAAAGAGAAAGGUAAGGUGUUUGGAUAAGGGGAGGACUCUGUCCAUAUGGACAUUAUAAAAGAUGCGGCAUCCAGGGUCAUUUUUUGUUUGACCACUGCAGAUUUGAGGGGUUUUUUGGGAAUUUUGUGCUGAACCUUUACGUUGUACAAUGCGGCGUGAGAUCUUGUGAAGAGUUAUCUGGAACAAAGGUUUUGGACGAGGUUCCCCCCAUUUGUCCGUCAAUCAGGAGUUGCUGCAGACUUGCACAAGAGCUGCAAACCUGGAUGUUAGACUGAACAUUUAAAUCUCUCCUGAGAUAACUAAAACCUAUUGUGAACUUUGUGAAGUGGGUUGUACUUUUGUCAAUCCGGUCCAUUAGCGUGGAAAUGGAGUAGUUUGGGAUCAUAAGUGGAAUAUUGAGAUAAUUUCCCCACAGAAAUCCAUGAAAGAACAUUUCUGUAUCCAAAUGUAUUUUGCCCAGAAACGGGGGACAACUUGCUCUGUUGCAACAUGUUAUCAACUGUUAAAGUCUGAGCUCAUGUUUUAUAAAUAAGUAAAACUGGAAACUAGUCAAACAAAAUAUUUUCAAUGCAGUAAAUUUCAAGUUCUCUGAAAACCUGGAUUACAUGUGCUGUUACUCAUGUCUCAAGUACUUGUAGUUAUGGGGUAUUGGAAAGUAGUAUAUGUAUUAAGUAAUGCACUAAAUAUGCAUUUACUUGAAGUUAACGCAUGUGUGUACAGGCACGACCCUUUUUCAGAAGGAGUGCCUGGUAUUCGUUCUGUGACAACUGACUGUGGAGUUAAAUUGCAUUUUCUCUUUUAGGUAUGACCUUGACAAGCAAAUGUUUUCUCAGCAGAUCUCCAUGUUGUGCCAAACACGGCCAUGCGUUGGGGAUUUCUUUGGGGUACAGGUCUACAAAACGAAGCAACUUCUUAUGCACUGUCCUUGUCUCUAGAGGUUUGAUCACUGAUGUCCAUUUGUUGAACAGACCUGAGAUCUGGAAAGAAGUCGUCGCUGUGGGCGACGCCAAAACAAAAUUCUGAUAUUGUGCGUGUAAGGAAAAGGUCCACUUUCCCCUAAGAGCGUGCCUUCAUUAAGAUUAUGGUUAGUUUCCUAGCUUUAUGUUCCUCUUAGAACUAGUUGAUGGGCGACUGUAAAGAUGCAUUGUACCUGAUGUUUUUAAAAUGGCGACAUAUGACAAAGUAUUCACAGGUUUGCAAUGAAACGGACGGAGACAUUGAAAAGGAUUUGCCUACUUGAAAUGAGUGGGUCAAUUAUCUAAAGGUAGAAGGUGGUGUUUGCGGCAUUACAUCCAAAUAGGCAGGCUGAAGGCCAUUUCAACCGUUGUUGUCCCCAGGCUAGUGCUUCUGGUGCUUCAGGAGAAUUCCAACAAGGACAGGCUAAGAAGUCUUCACUUUUUGAAAAGACCAAAGCUUGCUUUUUGUAGACCUGUACCAUAUUGUGCUGCUGCUGAGGUGCUGGGGAAAGGCGCAGGACUGGCAGUCUGAGCUCACUGUCACCAGCCGCCCUACUUGUGUUUCUGCUCUAAACCCCCAUUGUUCUCUCGGCUUCUCUCCCCUUGGUGUGUGUCGUCUCUGGAAUCUGAUUUGUAGUGGGUGAGGUAACGUACGUCGAACACUUAAUGGACGCAGAAGGCAAAUCGAGGGUAAGUGCAAAUACAUACAAAUAAAAACAUGAAUAAUCCUAGACAAACCUGUGUUUGUCACCUUUUGGUGUCUUUAUUUUUAUUGUUGGGAAUUGUUAAGCUUCACAAACCCGGUGGAGUGUGUGAGAUGUUGACAUCACAGAGGCGUGUUUUUAUCUGGUCUGACUUGAGGUCAUCCCGAGGGUUAACGCUCCUAUAAAAGGACUUUCUUUGUAGCCAAUCCUGUGGUAUCGCAGUAUUUGACAAUGUCCCUUUGGUUGCUGGAUUUGCUCCUCAUGAACUAAAGGACUCUAGUCUGGAAGAGGUUGUUAUGAGGCUGUCAGAGGAUUGUUAAAUAAAACUCAUCCGUAGAACUGCUUUCUGGAAUCGUUCCCUCCAUUAUCUUAGUCGUAGGGAAUCCUGUGGAUUUCCUGCCCCUUGGAAGUUGGAAAAAUACUCUUAUAUAUUCACCAGACCUGCUUGUAUUGUGUAAAUUGUGAAGUCUUAAAACUGUAAAUGUAUUUGAUGGUGCAGAGUUGUGGCCAAGACGGUAAGCUUGUGAUGUUGUACUUUUGACUGUGCAUGAAACUCUUUGUUUUGCUUUAUUCUCAAUCAAAACAUUUAUUUUAUUCAACCAUUGCCUUUGCUAAUUUGAAUUCUUCACUCCUUUUUGGUGCGGCCUGUUCCUGUGUCUUCGAUCAAAAAGGGUUGCGCUGUUGUUGAGUUCAGGACGGAAGAGCUGAUGAAGAAAGCCGUGGAGAAAGUUAACAAGCACAAUCUCAAUGGACGUCCCCUCAAAGUGAAGGAGGACCCUGAUGGUGUGAUUGCUCAGAGAGAAAUCAACAAGACUCAAGGUGGAGGACAUCCAGGAGGCCAUGGUGGAAUGGGGGGAAUGGGAAAUAUGGGAGUGCUGGGGGGAAUGGAUCGCAUGAACAUGGAUCGAAUGGGCCCCGGACCAAAUGGCGCCGUCAACAUUCCUCCCAGCCUGAUGAACAAUCCCAACAUCCCCAACGAGAUCAUCCACGGUCUGCAGGCCGGCAGGAUCGGCAGCACCGUCUUUGUGGCUAAUCUGGACUACAAAGUGGGCUGGAAGAAGCUGAAGGAGGUCUUCAGCAUGGCUGGCAUGGUGGUGAGAGCCGACAUCCUGGAGGACAAGGACGGGAAAAGCAGAGGCAUGGGCACAGUCACAUUCGAUAUGCCCAUCGAAGCAGUCCAAGCUGUCUCUAUGUUCAAUGGACAGCUUCUGUUCAACAGACUGAUGCAUGUCAAGCUGGAUGAGAAAUCCCUACCUAAAGAUUUCGGAGUGCCUGAGAGAGCUUCUUCUGGUCUUCCCCGUGGCCUGAGUGGUAUUGGCCUGGGUCUUGGUCCUAACGGCCAGCCCAUUGAUGCUACCCAACUGAACAGAGGAGGCGGGGGUGGAGGAAUGGGCAACAUGGGCCCCGGAGGAAUGGAUGGAAUGGGCUUCGGCAACAUGGGAGGUCGUAUGGGAGGCGGUGGAGGUGGAGGAGGAGGAGGAGCAGGAAUGGACAACUACGGCGGCGGAAUGAACAACAUGGAUCGUUUCGGUUCCUCCGGGAUGGGCCGGGCCAACGAGAUGGACCGUGGGAUUGGUGGUGCUUUUGACAGGGAGUUUGGGCGGAAUGAUAUGGGAAUGUCUCGCAAUAAUUUUGGAGAGUCGUUUGAAAGAGGAAUGGGAAACUCCCUCGGUAUGGACCGCAUGAGUUCUGGAAUGGACCGCAUGGGAGGCGGCAUGGAGCGCAUGGGAGGAAUGGACCGCAUGGGCAUGGACAGGAUGGAGCGCGGGUCUGACCUGGAAAGGAUCGGCUCAGGGUUCGACCGCAUGGGCUCAGGGAUGGACCGCCUCGGGCCCAGCAUGGACCGGCUCGGACCCGGCCUGGACCGCAUGAGCUCCAGCAUGGACCGCCUCGGCCCGGCUGGGUUUGACCGCCUCGGCCCCUCUGGUAUCGACCGCAUGGGUUCCGGCCUGGACUUCACUUCCCCGAUGGGAAUGGAUCGCAUGAGCAACACCGGGAUCGACAGGAUGGCCACCAGCUUCGACCGCAUCGGCUCCACUGGGAGCAUCGACCGCUUCCCGUCCGGCGGCAUGGACCGCAUGAACUCCGGCAUGGAUCGGAUGGGCUCCGGCAGCGUCGGCGGCCAGUUCGAUCGCUCUGCUGAGCUGGACCGUGGGUUCGGCGGGAACACUUUCGGAGGAGCUGGAGGUCCUGGAACUGGUGGAGGCAACAACAUCAGGAAGGGAUGCCAGAUCUUUGUCAGAAAUCUGCCCUUUGACUUCAACUGGAAGAUGCUGAAGGACACCUUCAACACAUGUGGAAUGGUUCAGUAUGCUGACAUCAAGAUGGAGAACGGCAAGUCCAAGGGCUGCGGCGUGGUUCGCUUCGACACCCCAGAAACUGCCGAGCGCGUCUGCAGGACCAUGAACGGCUACCGGCUGAACGGCAGAGAAAUCGACGUCAGGAUCGAUAGAAAUGCAUAAGCGAUCUGUGUGUUCACGUCUAGUCCCUGAUGUCCGGUCUGAUCUGCCCCGCAGCAUAUUCAUAUCAUAUCCACUUAGAUAUGAGUAACAGUGAUCAUGUUAUUUCGGUUUUGUUAGUCGUCACAGUGAAAGUGUUUUAGUUUUUGCUAAAAUUUACUUUUUUCCUUUUUUAGAGACCAAAUUUUAAUUUUGUAUUUUCUGUAAUGCUUCACCUGUCAUUGCCUUUGUUCUAUAAGGUGUUUUGAUAAAUAAACUUUGGUGUUUGAAAUGCUU